GAAAUUUUGAUUUAAUUUUAAAGCUUUUAUCUUCUAAAACUUAUUAAAGAUUUAAAAGAAUUUCUAUCAAAAAUUAUUAAAAAACGAAAAUUUUAAAAAAAUAGUAUAUUUUUAAUUUAUUUUUUUGGAGUAUUUAAGAUGAAAUUGGUUUUAGGAAUUAUCUUUACUAUUUUGAAGUUGAUUUAAUGCUAAACUUAUAAUUAACAUACAUACAUAUGCUCUGGCUACUGGAAUAAAUAAAGAUGUGUUCCUUGUGUUGAUCCUAAUGGAAUAUGUCCAAAUGGCGCCUUCAACAUAUCAUCAUGCUAAAGCGGAUAUUAUUUAACAUAAUUAAGCAAUGGUUAUAAUACAUGUAAACCUUGUCCAUAAUAUUGCAGCUCUUGCUAUGAGCCAUAAGUCGGAAUGAGUUUGAUUUGCACUGCUUGCUUAGAUAAUUGCUCUCUAAUUGAGGGUACUUGCUAACGAAUUCCUAACUGCCAAGUCAUAAAUUUGACUCUUGGAUCAUGUAUGUAAUGUUUAGAUGGAUUUUAUUAAAAUGAGUCUUAGUAAUGCCUUCCCUGUGACCCUUCUUGCACAACUUGUAUUGAAGGAGGUAUUUGUUCUACAUGCGCUCCAGGAUAUUCUUUUCUAAAUUUAUCAUUUACUUGUACUAAGUGUGACUUGUAUGCAAACACUACAAAUUGUGCUGCCUGUGUUUAAAGCGAUUUAAUUGUUUAGUGCAUUAAGUGCCUUAGUGGGUAUUAUUUGAAUACUUAAAAUAAUACUUGCUAACCUUGUCCUAAUAAUUGCUAAAGAUGUGCUGUAUAAGCAGAUUUAGUAAAAUGUAUUGUAUGUAAAUCUGAUCCUAACAUUCUAUAAGAUGUUUCUGGAAAUUGUUUGAGCUGCAGAGAUUCAUUACCAAAUUGCUCUUCUUGCGUUAUAGAGAAUAAUACUUUGUAAUGUGUUGAUUGUAUUAAAACAUAUUAUUACAAUUCUUUAGAUAACACUUGCUAAAUGUGUCCUUUUUAAUCUGUUUGUAAUUGCCCAACUACUAGUUGUACACCAGACUAAGUAACUAUUGUAUAAUGUCCUUAAGCUAUGAAUUUGUUUAAUAAAUAAUGUGUUGCUCUCUCUAGCAAUCCAUCAAUUAAUUGUGAUUUUUUAUAAACUACUACUUCUUGCUAAACUUGUGCAUAAGGAUACAAUCUUUCUAAUAAUAAAUGUAAUCUAAAUGAUAACCCUGAUAGCAGAUGUGCAGUUUUUUUUCCAAAUAAAACAACCUGCGCUCUCUGUAAAUUAACUCAAAAUUAUUUUUUGAGCAACGGAUAAUGUGUUUAAAAAGAUUCUGAUUGCCUAAAUUAGGUUGGUGCAGCAGGUACUCCGGGAUAUUGUUAGCUAUUUCACAAUAAAUACUAUUUUAAUAAUUAAGGUACAAAAACUCUUUGCUCUAGUGGAAAUACUAAUUGUGCUUUUCUUUAAAUAGAUAAAUCUAAUGUAAUUAGUUGUAACACAGCUAUUACAUAAUAAUAAACAGUAGACGGAACGUGUAAUGUUUUUGAUGAAAAUAUAUCUGGUUGCUUGAUAUGGGAAAAAGGUACUACUAAUUGUGUAGCUUGUAACAAUUAAAUAGGUUUUUAUCUGGAUAGCACUCGUAAAAAGUGUGGAUAUGUAGCAAGCUAGUGUGUUGCUGUUUAAUAAGGCACAACAAAAUGCUCUAAAUGUGGUGUUACAUAUAAUUAAUUUUAUGCAGAGUUAAAUGGAACUUGUGUUGCAUGUGCUGAUCAAUCAAGUGCUUACUAUAAAUGUGAAACUUUAUUAAACUAAUCUUCUUAAAAAUAACUGAACUUAGCAAGUGAUGAAGCUAAAAAUAAUAGAUCUACCACUUUGCACUAUUCAAAAAUCUUACUGAGUUUAAUAUUAGCAUUAAUAUCUUUUUGA